UGACUAAUUAAUCACCCCCCACAAAACCCCUCUCUCUCUCUCUCUCUCUCUCUCUCUCUCCACAAUCUCCUCCAUUCUCAAGCUCAAGAUUUGGAAAGCCAAAAAAAGCUGAGAAAAGAGAGGAUCCCUCUGAGAUGGGUUCAACAAACCCAUUCAAAGACCAAUCUUCCUCCUCUCUCACCAAGAAGCUCCUUCCCUGUAUUCUCUAUGCUCUCCUUCCCCUUGCUCUCAUUCGCUUAUAUUUCUACCCUCUAACACCCUCUCUCUCUCCCACCAAUCAAUUCCCCCACACCAAACCCCCCAUCAUCACCACCGCCACCGCCGCCACCACCUUCACCUCUCCUUCUCCCCCCUCCUCCAAAGAACAUCAUAGUAGUAAUACUGAAACACCAUGCGAUUACUCCAAUGGCAAGUGGGUCCCAGACAAGUUGGGUCCACUCUACAAUGGUACAAGCUGUGGUACAAUCAAAGAUGGCCAAAAUUGCAUGAGCCAUGGCAGACCUGACCAAGAUUACCUCUACUGGAGCUGGGAACCAAAGGAUUGCAAAAUUUCCAGGUUUGAUCCCAAAAUUUUCCUCCAUUUCCUGAGAAACAAACACUUGGCCUUUGUGGGUGAUUCCAUGGCUAGAAACCAAUUGGAGUCUCUUCUUUGCAUGCUUUCCACCGCCUCGAAACCUGAACUUGUCUAUAACCAUGGUGACGACAACAAGUUUCGCCGGUGGCACUUUAAGUCUCACAAUGUCAAUGUAUCAAUUUAUUGGUCACCAUUUCUUGUAAAGGGUAUUGAAAAAACUGAGAUUGCUAAUUAUAAUAGAUUGUUCUUGGAUUCUGUCGAUGAACGGUGGGCGUCGGAUAUGGAUAAGAUGGACAUGGUUGUUUUGUCAGUAGGGCAUUGGUUUCUGCAUCCCGCAGUGUAUUUCUACGGUGAAUCGGUACUAGGUUGUCAUUAUUGUGUUGGUCAGAACUACACCGAGGUCGGGUUUUAUGAUGUGUUUGGGAAAGCUUUUAAGACUACCCUGGAGACGAUAAUGGAAAGGCGAGGUGCUGGUGGGGGUGGUGGUGGUGAUAGUGGGAAGGGAAUUGAUGUAGUUGUGACUACUUUCUCGCCCCAUCAUUUUGAAGGCGAGUGGGACAAGCUCGGCGCUUGUCCCAAGACUCAGCCUUUUAAAGAGGGCGAGAAGCUGCUUGAAGGGAUGGACGCAGAGAUGAGGAAAGCAGAGGUGGGAGAAGUGGAGGCGGCUAAGGAAAAAGCCAAGAAAUUUUCACGAAUAAGGUUAAGUGCUUUGGAUGUCACCAAAUUAUCGUUAAUGAGACCAGAUGGACACCCUGGGCCUUACAUGUAUGCGAAUCCAUUUGCGAAUGGAAUUGCAGAGCGGGUUCAGAAUGACUGUGUCCACUGGUGCUUGCCAGGGGCUAUUGAUACAUGGAAUGAGAUAUUGUUAGAUGUGAUGAAGAGGUGGGACAGUCAGUCUAGGUGGAGUGGAGGAAGAUAAGGUUAAUUUGGUAAAUUUGUUGCAAUGUCAAAAUGGAGGAUUUUGUUUGUCUAUGUUGUUUCCCCUCUAAUUUGUUGGUUCUUAAAGAUACCCAAAAAGAAGAGGACAUGGAGGAUUGGUUUGUUUUGUUGUUGUCAUUGAGCUCUUCUCUUGUUGGGGGAAAGAAAGAAAAACAGUAAUUACUCAGAAUUUCAUACUUCAAAUUUCAACUCACAAUAAACAUUUUUCUGUCUAGAUUGAUUUUUUUCUGAGUGAAAUUCUAGAUAUCAAUUUUAGCUGACUAGAAUUACUAGUAAAGAGGAAAGUGAGCUGGAGAAGUGCACAAAAUUUAGAUGUAUGAUGCAGAUUUAGUGUUGUGUAAGAAUAAAUCUGAUCAAUGCAUUUUAAAUUUUUUAUUUUUUAUAUUUUUUAUUAUGUAUGUAAAAUUGUUGAGAAAAGAAUAUGAAACAAGCUCCAAUUGU